GGCAUCUGUUUUAUGCAUCACCCGUGUGAGAAAGAAAAACAGAAUUACGAACUGAACCAACCAGAACACGGCGUCGUAAUGACGAAGCAAUUGAAAGAGAAUCAAGAACCUCUAAUCUCCGGCGGAGACUUUUCAGCAGCGGAACCGGAGGAGUCGAUGAGGUCGAUUUGUAAUCCUUGUGAUUUUCACACUCCGAAGACGUACAAGGAAGUGGAGACGGAUCAAGAAAGUAUAGGAUCGUCGGAGGAAACAGAGUCGCCGAAAUCAGUAGCGAAGGUUGCGGACUGGAGGAAGAAACUAGCGUAUGUUCAUUACCAGGUUCGGAGAAUCAGAGAAGAGGAUUUGCAUCUUGGUGAAGACAUCGGUGAAGGCUUCAACGCGAAAGAGAAGAUUAAUUCGAUUGGUGGAGAUUGGUGCGAUGUUCCACAUAAUAAUCCUCCUCCUCCUCCUCAUUCUUCUUUUCAUAAUCAUCGCGUUGGUUCUCAGAUGAAUGUCGUGAUUUUCUCAAGGCCGAUCUUGCCGAGCUCGCCGCUCGGCGGGAAGAACACGUUUAGAGCCUUAAGUUAAAACAAGGAGAGGUGGAAAAAUGAGAGGAAAUAGUUAGACGUGAUCAAGGAAGUGAAAAAUUGGGGGAAAAUUUUGAUCCGUGGUUCAUGGCUGCACAGAAAAUUUAGGGUUUGUUUGAAUGUGGAAGGGAAAAUUUGGAACGAUGAACAAAAAUAAAGAUUAAAAAAAGAAAAAAAAAAUGGCGAUGAAACGAUUCAUACUCCACUGUAAAGUCUAAUCUCAAUGGUAAAUGAGAGGAAAUUGCAUGAAUCCUGCCUAUGUAAAUAAAUUUCCUGCCUUUACAUUUAUUUAUCUAUUUAUUAUUUUAA